AUGGGUGGCAAUGGCAUGUCGAAUUCUUCUUCUUCUUCAGAGCUGUUUCAAUUAGUUGAUGAGAAAGAUUCGAAAGUGGCGGUUGAAUUCAACAACAUUUUGUUAAGAUCAUCUACUCUGGAAUUCAACUCAUCAGAUGAUCAUGGCUGCCUAAUUGCCUCUUCUUCAUUAUCACAACAACAAAACAAGAAAGACGGGAAAUGUGAAGGUGGUGGUGGUGGUGCUGUAGUGGUCAAUAAGAUGCGAGAUGCAGCAGCAGCAAGAACAAGGACAAGAACAAGAACGCUUGCAGGAGAAUUGGAAGCGGAUGCGGACGAUGAUGACGGGUUCAGAACACCAACAUCUUUGGAUCACAGAAUCCCAGCGAUCCAACAAUGCCCACCUGCACCAAGGAAACCCAAGUCCUCUCCCAAAAGAAAAGCUUCUUCUUCUUCUUCGUCUUCUUCAUCCACCCGCCGCCAACUCUUCCUGUUGGAUCUCUCUCAAGAGAUUGAAUCUCUCUUCCCGCCAGCCCUUCUAGCCGAUCUUGGCCGUAAGAUCAAGAAAAUUCGUAGAGGAGACGAUGACACCAAUUGA